AUGCCUAUUAUGGAGGCUCUUGGCAUAGACUAUAAUACUAGCACAGUGCCCUGGGACCCAGGUGCCCUCCAGCCACCUUCUCAAGCAAUCAGUGCGGUGAAGAUGGUAGCCAUAUCAGUCAUAGUCUGUACCUCUCUCUUCGGCAACGUCGUGGUCCUUCUGGUGUUUCAGAGAAAGCCACAGCUGCUGCACGUCGCCAAUCGCUUCGUUCUCAACCUGCUGCUGGCCGAUUUGCUUCAGACUGUGCUCGUCAUGCCGUUCGUCAUCGCCGCCACCGUGCCUGAGGUAUGGCCUCUGGAUGCUCACCUGUGUCAGGCCCUGGUGGUCCUUAUGCACCUUUUUGCCUUCACCGGAGUAAACACCAUCAUCGUUGUGUCCGUGGAUCGCUACCUGGCCAUUAUCCACCCACUGUCCUAUCCCACACGCAUGACACCUCACUUGGGAACUAACCUGAUUGCCCUGACCUGGCUGCUAAGUCUGCUGCAGAGCACACCACCCCUCUAUGGAUGGGGAGCUAUUGAUUUCGACCGCCGCCACAACGCCUGCACUGUAGUGUGGUCCUCCAGCCACUCAUACUCAGCUCUGGUGGCCACACUGUCUUUUUGGCUUCCCGUGGCCAUCAUGCUUUGCUGCUACUGGAUGGUGUUCAGAGCAGCCAGGAGGCAAAAUGCUCUGGUGCACCCCGUCCAGACCAGCCAACCUCCAGACUCAUGCUCGAAUUCUCAACAGCAGCAGCCUCAACCUGAGACUUUCUCGGCAGCAUAUCCUGCCAGGUCCAGACACAGACGCUUUCACUACCACUGCAAGGCAGCCCGGGUGGUUUUUGUCAUCAUGGCCUCUUAUGUGCUCAGCAUGGGCCCUUACAGUGUUCUGAGCACCAUUUCAAUAUGCUCCAACACUUCUGUGCCACCCUGGCUCACCUCACUAUCACUCGUCCUCUUUUUCCUGCAGUGCUGUUUGCAUCCGUACAUCUAUGGUUACAUGCACCGCAGUGUGCGCAAGGAGUUUCUGGCGCUGCUCUGUGGGCCACGGUGUGGACAGAGCCAGCCCGGUCAAGGUUUGGCCGUAGACAGCUGUUUUACAGUGACGGACGGGCGUUCAGGGCAGCUGCACAUGCCUAGCCACGUGGCACGUGUGUGCCCGCUCCGGACAUGGGAAGAAGGGACCACGUCAUCCUCACCUACAGAACGCAGAUCAAGGGAAAGCCAAAAAGAGACAACGUCUGUGAGUUUGAGCUCCGAAAGGGAGCUCAUUGUCCACAGCACCAAGUAA